UCCUGACUCUUUGUCUCCGAAUGUCCUAUUGACUCGCACGCAUCAAAUCCGAAAUUCCGAAUUGUUCAGCUAUCAGAGCUGUGACAUGUGAGUAUGUUGCAAGCCAUCAGAAGAAACAUAUUAUCCUGCUAACUGAAUAAAAAACAAGUCUUCUUUUGGUAACAUCAUCAAGGAGUCGGACAAGGACUUCAGGGUGUUCCUUUCUGCAAGUGCAAAAAUAGAAUCCUUUGACAGUACGUGUAAUUAAAUUUUUGUCACCUUUAAUUACUUUUUGCCCAAGAAAUGCGUAAGCUAAAAUAUUCCGAGAAAAAGCUCCUGAAGCACACUGACUUCUUCAACUGGGAAGUGAGUAAUAACAUUCCCGAAGCAAAGGCACUAAGGAAUUACAACAUUGACAGAAGAGAAGAUUAUGUUCUUUACAACAAAUUAUCCAGGAAAGCACGUGAUCUGGUGAGAAUGAUCAAAGACCUGGACAAAGAUGAUCCUUUCAGAGAUGAAUAUUCAGCAAAGUGCAUUGAGAAAAUGUAUUCUAUCGGCAUAAUUCCAAUGAAAGGAAGUUUGGAACUUGUUGACAAAACCUCAGCUUCAUCUUUUUGUCGGAGACGUCUGGGGUGCGUGAUGGUCAAGAACGGCAUGGUGGAGCGAAUAUCUGUUGCUAAUAACCUAAUAAAGCACGGUCAUGUCAGGGUUGGCAUGGAUGUUAUUACGGACCCCGCUUUUCUGGUCUCCAGAGCUCUGGAAGAUUACAUCACGUGGGUGGACAGUUCCGCUAUCAAAAGAAAAAUUAUGGAAUACAAUGAAGGGAGAGAUGACUACACUCUACUCAACUGUUGAGCAAACUUUCUACUGUUCUAUUUACAUCAAAAAAAUACAACUUUGUUGUA